AUGUCUUUCUCUAAAGUUGGCAGGGCAAAGGUUGCCGCCCACCUCUUGCUCCUCCUCCUCAACAUCAUCGUACUUGCCCUUUCGACCCGAGUUAACCUCUACCAGGAUUUCUUUUUCAUUGCUGAUCGUUUCCCCUUCGUCCUUUCCAUCAUCACCUUCGCGUUGGUUGGCACGAUGACAUUUGUGGACUUUUGCUUUAACAGUUCUUAUACUGGUCGUCCUCAGUUUGAAAUUGGUGUUUUCUCUGUCUUGGGCAUCUUUUGGCUGGCAUUCAACGCCUUCUCCAGCUCUCGCUGGCAAUCCGUCCCGCUUAACUGCGGGGUGAUACCCAGCGAUUUCCCUGACACUAUCCAAUGGUGCCAAGAACUUGCCGCUCUCCGUAUCCUUGUCUGGAUUGAGUGGCUCAUGUUCUUUUUCACCACGAUCAUCACCCUGCGUUACUCUAUUACCCAGAGCAACCUCGGAAACAAGCACAUCUUCAGGAUGCCUCUUUCCCGUUACGAUCCUUCCAUCCGCCCCGACGAAAACACGGACUUCGUUGAAUAUGGCCGCGAUAGUCAAUUCCUUCCAUACGCCAAGAUGAACUGA